AUUUUUUUGUAGGGUUUGGAAGUCACACUGUUGGCUGUGCCACAGUGGCACAGUCCAGCACUUCCUGUCAUGAGAUGCAUCUGUACUUGGAAUUCAGAGGGAGGAAGUGAGCAGGAUCCCACUGUAGGAGCAGUUGUGUGCCAGUCUCCACUUAACAACCUGGGCCAGUGUAAGAAGGGUUCUACCCUCUCCUUCACUGUGGCCUUCCAGAUUCUCAAGACUGGACUGUUUGAGCUGAGCCAACAUAUGAAACUGAACCUGCAGUUUACAGCUCCUGUGCCCACCCAUCCCGUGGAGCCUCAGUCACCUUUGAAGAACACCUGUGAAGGGCAUAGCCUGACCCAGUGUCAGAGCUUCUCCCACUACCAGCCAUCCAGGUCAGGCGCUGCGAUGGAAUUCCGGGCUAUCACCCGGAUCAACAGAUCUCAUCACUGA